CUGAAGCCUGUAUCCCUUAAGAGCUCAUCAAUUGGCUCUGCGCUUUCAUGCUAACGUUUGAUUGGCUGCCACUCCAUGAGUGUCUGGACCAGCACAGUGGUUUUUUGCUAGUUGGCCAGGAGUACAAGUUGGUGUUCAUCUGCUACUGGUGCCACUGAAGCUGGAAGCGCUGCUGUGUUAUUUUCUCGCUCACACCCGAUAUAACGAAAGAGGAAGUCACGCUGAAAGCCCUGUGAAGCACGACACAGUCGGCAAAAAGAAGGGGAAGUGGAAAGCAGCAGCAGCAGCAGAGUUCACCCGAACGCGAUAAAUAUCUCCUUCACGGACGGGUUUUCACGGAAACGUCUCGCCAUGACCAACGGCUGCCUAAAGUGCUUAAAGUACACCAUGUGUGUCGCCAACUUCCUUUGUUUUAUAUCCGGCGUGGCUGUGUUGGGUUUCGGCGUCUACAUGAUGGUAAACUUCAAACUGACAGCUAUCACGCCUUCGCUGGCCAACUUCAAUCUGGCCAACAUGCUGCUGAUCAGCGGCAUCAUCAUCACGUGCGUUUCCUUCCUGGGCUUCCUGGGCGCUCUGAAGGAAAACCGCUGCCUGUUGUUGACGUUCUUCCUGAUGCUCUUCUUCCUUCUGCUGGUGGAGCUGACAGCUGCAUGCUUACUUCUGAUGUAUGAGCACGAGAUCGCGGCGUGGGUGGAGAAUGACCUGAACAAAGGUUUGGAGAAGGCAAAAGGAGAAGACCCCAAGGAGUUCCUCAGCGAGUGGGAUCUGGUUCAGGAAAUGUUUGAUUGCUGCGGGGUUCACAAUGCGUCAGACUGGGGAGACAAUGUCCCCAAAUCCUGCUGCCUCAACGAAGUACGGAGUACUUCACAGUGUCAAACGUACAGACUCAAGGGCUGUUUGGACACGCUGAAAAACUGGUUUGAAGAAAAUUUCCUCAGCACUGGGAUUUCUGUGAUUGUCCUUUGCAUUAUCGAGGUGUUAGGGAUGUGCUUCGCCAUGACGCUCUUCUGCCACAUCAGCAGAUCUGGACUGGGCUACAAGUUGUAGAGCAACGUGUUCAUUGUUAUACACCUGUGUCCUAACAUUGUGUAACAUCAAGUGUUCCAUAUGCCCGAGGUUGUAAUCUUGUGUGAAACUGGAAGUAAGUUUAAGGAAAAGUUUGUCACAUGUAGCUUGAAGGUUAUCUGGUUUAAUUACAAUGCAUUCACGUGUAUGCAACGUGUAAUAAAUAUCCUCCAUUUGGUGUCUUUUCAUAUUGCUUAUUUAGUGUGUU